AUGGCAAAGAACAUGCUUUGGAAUGUAUGGGAAAAGAUCCUUCUGCAUGAGGUUUCAGAUAUACCUCAAGUACUCCACAGCAAAUUUUUCUUUGAAACUGAAGUAAUGCAUAUCCAUAUGAAUGAAUUAUGGAUCUGCAAUUUUACGUAUAUAAAUCCAAAACAAUUAAAGCAAAGAGUCACAUCAUUAAUGCAGAAAUUAAAAACAAACGAGGUUGCUGAUGUACAUGCUUUCUUAGGACUAGGAAGUAUUUCCCACAAGAUGAUGAAUUCUAAUCAGGAGGAGGUCACUCUGGGCACUUUUCUCCAGUACAUUGAAGAUAUGGGCCUGAAGGCCUAUGAUGGCUUAGUUAUACAGAAUGCAUCUGACAUUGCCCGGGAGAACGAUCGCAUGAGAAAUGAAACCAACCUGGCUUACUUGAAAGAAAAGAAUGAAAAGCGCCGGAAACAAGAAGAAGCAAUAAAACGCUUAGGUGGUGAAGUGGGGAAAGCAAACGAGGGAAGCUACAUAGGCAAACAUUUUCGUAUGGGAUUUAUGACGAUGCCUGCACCUCAGGACAGACUGCCCCACCCUUGUUCAAGUGGUUUUACCGUAAGAUCCCAAUCGCUUCAUUCUGUUGGAGGCACCGAUGACGAUAGCAGUAGCUGCUCCCGGAAGCAACCACCACCAAAACCCAAACGAGACCCCAGUACCAAACUAAGCACGUCCUCUGAAACUGUAAAUGCUGGAACAACAAGUAAGAGUAUAAAGUUGCCGGACAGGACUGAAGUAUCCACCAAGCCAAGGCCUCACAGUGAUGAAUACACAAAGAAGAUUCCUCCCCCAAAGCCAAAGCGGAAUCCAAACACUCAAUUAAGUGCAUCUUUUGAUGAAACUUAUAUCAAAAAGCAUGGCUCCAUAAAGUCUGUGCUAAGUAGAGAUGCUUCUUUGACUCAAGUCAGCAGUCCUGCUCUGGAUACAGAGGAAGAAGAGCCAGUUUAUAUUGAAAUGGUUGGGAAUAUAUUAAGAGACUUCAAAAAAGAUGAGGAAGAUCAAAAUGAGGCAGUAUAUGAAGAAAUGAAAUAUCCCAUCUUUGAGGAUGGAGGCCAAGAUUUAAAGUGUCCAUGUGAGUUUGACCAUCACAGCUGUUCCUCUCAGUGUGCUACUCCCACAGUGCCUGACCUUGAUUUCACCAAGUCCUCAGUGCCAUCCACUCCCAAAGGUGUGAUUUGUGAUAUCCCACCACCAUUCCCAAAUUUGCUUUCUCAUAGACCACCACUCUUGGUAUUCCCACCUGCACCAGUGCAAUGUUCCCCAAAUUCUGAUGAAUCUCCUUUAACACCAUUGGAAGUCACAAAGCUUCCCGUGUUGGAAAAUGUGUGCUAUAUUAAACAGCAAACUGGAGCUUCUCCAUCCUCAUUGCCACCUCAUACUCCAAGUCAUCAAAAACUAGAGAAAGACCAGACAGCUUCUCAUGGAACUAGUACUCCAGGGCACUCCUCUUCACCUCCUCAUCCUUCUACCCUAUACAGAACACAGUCUCCCCAUGGCUAUUCCAAAAGCCACUCAGCCUCUCCCUCUCCUGUGAGUAUGGGUCGGUCACUUACUCCUUUAAGUCUCAAAAGACCUCCUCCUUAUGAUUCUGUACAUUCAGGAAGUCUCUCAAGAAGUUCUCCAUCAGUGCCUCAUUCUACUGCCAGAAACAUAUUGCAUGAAGGAGGGAAAAUGAUAAAUGCCUCUGUCAAUACCUACGGGUCAUCAUCACAGAGUACUUCACGUUCUAGAACACCAACAAGUCCUCUGGAGGAAUUAACCAGCCUUUUUACCUCAGGACGAAGCCUACUGAGGAAAUCUUCCAGUGGAAGAAAAUCUAAAGAACCUGCAGAAAAACCGUUAGAGGAACUAAAGAUCAGAAGUCACAGUACCGAACCAUUACCAAAGCUGGAAAACAAAGACAAAGGAUGUCAUCAUGGGUCAUCUUCCAGAGAGCCAAUCAAAGCUCAGGAAUGGGAUGGAACACCAGGACCAUCACUUGUGUCUAACCGACUUGGAAGGUCUUCUGUUAGUCCAACCAUGUUGGCAGGAAAUAAUAGUUCAGAACCGAAAUCAAGCUGCAGAUUAGGGAGAUCUGCUUCCACAUCAGGUGUUCCUCCUCCCUCUGUUCCUCCUCUCAGGCAAGCCAGUGAACUGCAACCGAGCCAGGUGACAUGCAUGCAGUGGUUACAUGGAGACCAUACGAUGCUGGAAAUGAUUGAGAAAAAACGUUGUCUGUGCAAAGAAAUCAAGGCACGACAGAAAUCAGAGAAAGGACUUUGCAAACAAGACAGCAUGCCCAUCUUGCCAAGUUGGAAAAAAAGCACAGGAACCAAGAAAUACAGCCCUCCUCCAUAUUCCAAGCAACAAACUGUUUUCUGGGAUACUGCAAUAUGA